GCGCACCACAACAGGCUGGUACGUGGUAAUAUAUUACACAGCCGGGUAGCACGAGUUAAUCGCCGUGAUGCAGUGCCAUUUGUCGUGCCCGGCAUAUGAAGUGCGAUGAGGUCAAGCCCGUCUGUGGACCCUGUGCAAAAGGUCAUCGGCCCUGCGUUUACAGCGCUUCCGUCAAGGUACGCGUUUCGUUGUUCCGUCCAGUCAUCCGAUCUGCAAUCCUUCCUCCACCGCCGCAAGUUCGAUGGGAUCCAGUCCGUGACGAACCAAGAAACUAUGAAUCUCACGCUCCGGCACAGCCAAGUCCGGGGACCGGUCUUUCUCUACCGCCGUGGAGUACGCCUCAGGAAGACUCAACUAGUCCACGGUCAACACUCAGUUCCACUCCAUAUCCAGCCGAGAUUGCUCCACUGCGUUGGCUAGGCCUUCUUGCUGAUGAUGCUGGAAGUGUUACUUCUAUCGGGCCUAGUGAGCGCUCCCACGAAGCAGACGACUACAAUCUGAGCCUCUCCGCGGCCAGAUUCAGUCCUGUAAGAGCUUUAGGUGUUCCAGGUGCCCAUGACGUGCAAACACGAUCACGUUCUCCAUACUACUCAUCCGCGCCAAUUUCAGAUCCCGCAACACAAGCAGCCGAACGGAGGUUCUGGCAAGCUCAUAUAAAGCUACGACCUCAUGAGAUGUCCAUGUUCAGGCAUUUCGUUGAACGUCUCAGUAACUGCCUGGAUAUGUAUGAUCCACUAAAGCAUUUCUCCACCUUUGUGCCGCAACUGGCAUUAAAUAAUGAAGGAUUGAUGAAAUCCAUAAUGGCACUGUCUGCUCGGCAUCUCUCAAUCAAGGAUAAAAGCGAAUCAACACCGGACAGAACAGCCGCUGUACAAUACUACUAUGAAACCCUACAGUACCUACAGGGAGCCAUGCACUACGACUCUUUCAAGACCAGUCUCGAGUUGCUCGCCACUACAAUCAUCAUCUCGUCAUACGAAAUGAUCGAUGGUGCCGGCAGCGGUUGGGAGCGGCAUCUAAAAGGCACGUUCUGGAUCCAACGCUCACAGGAAAUCAAUGGUCAGUCCGGUGGGCUCAAGCAAGCAGUGUGGUGGUGCUGGCUACGCCAGGAUGUGUGGGCUGCGUUCCGAGAACGACGACGCUGCUUUAGUUUCUACAAGCCGACGAAACCAUACCACGUCCUUGAUCAAUACGACAUUGCGUCAAGGGCCAUCUAUCUCCUUGCGCAGGCCGUCAACUACGCCUCUGACAAAGACAGGAAAUUGGGAGAAACUAAUCUUCAGUCAAGGAUUGAACGCGCGGAUACGCUCUUCAACAUGCUUGACGAGUGGCAGAUGAACUUGACGCCACACUUUACUCCUCUUCCCAUUGUCGAUCUUGCACCAAAUGGGCCUUUUAAACCCAUCUGGAUCAAUCCACCUUGCUUUGCUACAGCAGUACAAAUGCACUACUUUGCCCGGAUCCUGCUCCUCGUACACCAGCCAGCUGCUGGGGGCUAUCGCGAAUACCUUUUGCGCGACAAGUCUCUCAACGAAGCCAUCGACACCAUCGGUGGCCUCGCGACAGCCAUCACAUGCGAAAGCGCCAGUCUACACUCCUCCCAAUGCCUCUUCGCUGCCGGACUAUACACUCAGGACCUCCAGAAGCGGGAGAAGAUUGUGGAGCUGAUCAAGGCAAACCAGUUCCGUACAGGUUGGCCCAGCACCACUGACCUUACGGAGGAGUUGAGGCAGGAAUGGUCGAAGUCGGGGCCGCCUUAACGGCUGGCUUGGUCACUCACUGUCCCUUUCAUGUACAUAAUUUCUCAGCUAAUCGGCGGCAUAUACCUCACCUGAACGGACAUACGCAACGAUGAAUUUGGGAGUUUGCGCUGAGGCUACUGUAGAUUUGCGCUUGGGCAUACAUUACUUCUAUUUCUGCAAGGG